AACUCCCCUACACCGUUCAAAACGGAGCUCCGAAUUAGGGCUUUGCUGUAUGCUAAUCUACACUUCUUCUGUUCCUCUCACUAGUGUUCCGAAGCUUCAGAGCUCUUCUCCGGUGUUCUGCGUCCUUCGAACUCCGGUCUCCGAUUCAAGCAUGGGCAAGGGGCCUGGUCUUUACACCGACAUCGGCAAGAAAGCUCGAGAUCUUCUGUACAAGGAUUACCAGACCGACCACAAGUUCACGAUCACUACGUACUCUCCCACUGGAGUUGCUAUUACCUCAUCGGGAAUAAAGAAAGGAGAUCUGUUUCAAGGUGAUGUUAACAUUCAGUUGAAGAACAAGAAUAUCACCACAGAUAUUAAAGUGGACACAAACUCAAAUCUUUUCACAACUAUCACUGCUGAUGAACCUGCUCCUGGUUUGAAGACAAUAUUUAGCUUCAGAGUUCCUGAUCAAAGAUCAGAAAAGUUUGAACUUCAAUAUUUACAUGACUAUGCUGGAAUAAGCGCCAGUGUUGCUUUGACAGCCAGCCCUGUUAUCAACUUCUCUAGUGUAGUGGGAAGUAAUGCUCUUGCCCUUGGAACUGAUGUGUCUUUUGACACAAAAUCAGGAGCCUUUACCAAAUAUAAUGCUGCUGUAAGCUUCACAAAUUCCGACCUCAUUGCUGCUUUGACCUUGAAUAAUAAGGGUGACUCUCUAAGUGCCUCGUACUACCACAAUGUGAAACCAUUGACCAAUACUUCCAUUGGUGCUGAGGUGACCCAUAGUUUCUCAACGAAUGAGAAUACCCUCACUAUUGGUACCCAGCAUCAGUUGGAUCCAUUGACGAUAGUGAAGGCAAGGGUUAACAACUUUGGGAAGGCAAGUGCACUUGUUCAGCAUGAGUGGCGCCCCAAGUCCCUUUUCACUGUAUCUGGAGAAGUGGACACAAAGUCUGUUGACAAGAGGGCAAAGUUUGGUUUGGCCUUGGCUCUCAAGCCAUAAUUGUGUUUUGGAGUAGUUAGGUCAAGGAACGUUAUACAGUCACAUGAACGUGCUCAAUCGGCUGUUAAUUUGGCGGAGUUGGAUUUCAAAAAAUAAUUCUUGGUGAUUUGUUGAGAACCUAUGCCUCAAUAUUCAGUUACAUGUUCUGACAUUGCUUAGUCGACCCACUCUUGGACUUUUUGAUGGGUCUAUGUUCAUUCUGAGAGGUUAUUGUGAUUGGGGCCUUGUGCUCUUACCUCUAAUGGGUAGAUGUCUUGGGAAAUCUAUAGAUUUGUAUAAAAGAAAUGUUCACCCUUUAAGAGGGUGUCGUACAUUUUGAAAAUUUUUUUAUGAAACAAGUAUUGUGAAAUGUGAAUGUUUCUAAAGUAGCA